AUGACUACUGCUUUACGUUUAGUUGCUGGUAAAGCCUUCCCAAGGUUUGUUACCGCUCCUUCUGCCUUUUUAGUUACAAAAAAGAAUUAUUUCUCUUCCUUUUCUUCCAAAGUACAAUACGCUGCUCAAUUUGACCGUAGUAAGCCUCACGUUAACAUUGGUACCAUUGGUCAUGUUGAUCAUGGUAAAACUACUUUGACUGCUGCCAUCACCAAGACUUUAGCCGACAAAGGUGGUGCUGAUUUCUUAGAUUAUUCUUCUAUUGAUAAGGCACCUGAAGAAAGAGCUAGAGGUAUUACUAUUUCUACUGCUCAUGUCGAAUAUGAAACUGCUAAAAGACAUUAUUCUCACGUUGACUGUCCAGGGCAUGCGGAUUAUAUUAAGAAUAUGAUUACCGGUGCUGCUCAAAUGGAUGGUGCUAUUAUUGUUGUUGCUGCUUCUGAUGGCCAAAUGCCUCAAACUAGAGAACAUUUAUUAUUGGCUAGACAAGUUGGUGUUCAAAAGAUUGUUGUUUUUGUUAACAAGGUCGACACUAUUGAUGAUCCAGAAAUGUUAGAAUUGGUUGAAAUGGAAAUGAGAGAACUAUUGACUCAAUAUGGCUUUGAUGGUGAAAACACUCCAGUUAUUUUUGGUUCUGCUUUAUGUGCCUUGGAAGGUCGUGAACCCGAGAUUGGUGAACAGAGAAUUAUGAAAUUGUUGGAUGCUAUUGAUGAAUACAUUCCAACUCCUGAAAGAGAUUUGGCCAAGCCUUUCUUGAUGCCGAUCGAAGACAUUUUUUCAAUUUCCGGUAGAGGUACUGUUGUCACCGGUAGGGUUGAAAGAGGAGAAUUGAAAAAAAAUGAGGAAGUCGAAAUUGUUGGUUUCAACAAGACUCCAAUCAAGACCAUUGUCACAGGUAUUGAAAUGUUUAGAAAGGAAUUGGAAAAGGCCAUGGCUGGUGAUAAUGCUGGUGUUUUAUUACGUGGUACCAGAAGGGAUGAGCUUAAAAGAGGUAUGGUUCUAUGUAAACCAGGGUCUGUUCAAGCUCAUACCAAAUUUUUAGCUUCUUUGUAUAUUUUGACCAAAGAAGAAGGUGGCAGACACAGUGGAUUUGGUGAAAACUAUAGACCACAGUUGUAUGUUAGAACUGCCGAUGUCACCACUGUUUUGAAAUUUCCAACUGAAGUUGAAGAUCAUUCUAAACAAGUUAUGCCAGGUGAUAAUGUUGAAAUGGAAUGUGAAUUGGUUCACCCAACCCCAAUUGAAGUUGGUCAAAGAUUCAACAUUAGAGAAGGUGGUAAGACUGUUGGUACUGGUUUAGUUACCCGUAUCAUUGAAUAG